UACUACUACUACUACUACUACCAAAUCUCAAAUUUAAGCAAUGAAUGUUAUUGUUGCUUUUAUUCUAUAUUGUAUAGAUUUAAAAAAAAUUUAAUAUUACCCAUUACACCCAUUACAGACCCAUUACAUGUUUAUUAAUACCCAUUUUUUCUAUUCUUUUUUUGUAAUUAACCCUAGGAAGAGCGAUUGUUUAGUACUUAUCUACCAUCUAUACCAGACAUAAAUAUUUUGACAUUGAACAAAUGUCGCAUGCUAAAGAACUGGACAUUUGAUGAUAUAUGGUUUUUCAACGGCAAUAUUCAUUUGCGUAAUAAUUCAAUGCCUGCUUUCAAAGUAUGUUUAAUAUAUGAUCCAAAUUCAGCUGACAAGUGUAUUGAAACUUACGGAGCACUUAAGUUUGGCAAAAUAAAUCGUCAAUUUUGUCCCAUUCACAUGAAAGAAAGGGAUUUUCCUGUUUUCCGCAUGGAAGUUCAAGAGCUUAAAUCCAAAUUGCCAAGUAAUUUAUUGCCAUUGUGUGAAACGAGCUCUCAUUUGUCAGAUUUUGAUGAAAAGAUGAACGAAUACUGUGUAAAGGCCCAAACAAAAGUUAAUGAAAUUCAGCAGCUCUGUCGAGAAACACAAGCAUUGAUCAAAGAAGAAAAAGGAUUAAUCUAUAUUAUCAAGACUAUGUUGGAUUUCGAAGGACACAACUAUCAGGAUUACAUAAUCGAACUAAGUGAUAUUGAUAGCACCGAAUGGCGUAAUGUACGAACAAAUCCACGACGUGUAUUGAAUGAAGAAAUAAAGACUGUACCAAGAGGUAUACCUUUCAUCAAAGAGCUGUUGACAAACGACUCAAAAUACGUACCAUGGAAAUGAUUUCUCAUAAAUGUUUCUUUAUAUUUUCGAUUUAUAUCAAACUAAAUUAUUGCUAAAUAUCCAGCUUGCUUGUAUUUUUAUUUAAUGUACUGUGUGUCUGAAACAAA